UAAUUUUGACUUUUGCAUAAUUGCCAAGUUUCUGAAAUUUCUAACAAUAAAUUUCAUUAAACUAUUUCUGUCACUGUACUGACUUUUUUGAAUAUGGCUUCUUUGCAUGAAAAACUGAAAUAUUUCUGUUUAAUUACUGACAUGCAUUUAAUUAAUACAGAGGCAGCUGCACUCGAGUUUGCCACCGAUGCUGGACUUCUUCCAAGGGAGGAUGAGGCACCACCUUGCCCCAAGUGCCAGGUACCGAUGACAAGCAACAAGAGAAGAGAAUCAAAAAUUGGCUGGAGAUGGAUGUGCUCGUUACAAUGUUAUGUUGUUAGUGCAUAACUGAGUAGCAUAGUGAUCAGCAAGUGACUCAGAUUCGGUGUAGGCAAUUUAGGGGCGGAAUGGUUGUGUAGCAUCUCGUAAGCUUAUUAGUGGCUUUCCAGAUGUUAUUAUCUUCUGGCGAGAGUGAAGACAGAGUCAGAACCGAUUCACUAAACCUCUAGACUGACCAAGGCAACCACCGUGGGCGAAAGACGUUCCGUCAUGAGCUCCCAACCCGAUGAAGUUAACACCGCGAAGCCGGAAGCAAUGGCCGGCAACCCCGUUCUUAAUGCGAUGGAUACAUCAUCACCGCAUCUCUCAACAAUUUCAUCAUCAUCUUCAGCCGUUCCUGAAUCUCUUUCUAGUAUUCCUGUUCCGGAUCCCAAAUUCGUUCCGGUUCCUGAUCCAGACACCCUCAUCAUCGAGCUCAAGCAAUUAUACCAGCUGAAAGCCAGAUUCACUGACUUGGAACAGACACUUGCCAGAAGCAAGAGAUCCACUCCUUUGGCUAACUUUAAUCUGAAGCAAGUACAGCAGGAAAGCCAGGUCGAGGAAGAAUGUAUAGAGCAGCCCUCUCCUGUCAUUAGCCAGGAUGUCAUUUCCAGCCUAUCACUUCCAGAAGCUCCAAAUGUGAGUGAGCCCUCUCCGACUCCUCCAACAAGCAUCAAGUCAGGUGAAAGAAAGAAACGCAAAAGGGAGGACAGUGAAACACAGGACUUCCUUUCCACUUUUCAAAGUGCAGGAAGCAAAAAAAAAAAAAAAAAAUAACACUGAUGUUCUGUUUGGUAAAUAUGUUGUUUCCUUCCUUUUUAGACAUUUCUAAUUUGUGGAAAAGAGAAGAGCUCAAAACAGAUACACCAAAAUUGAUUUUUGAAGCAAAUUUUGACUUUUUCAUGGUUCUUUUUGUGUAAUUUAAAAUAUGGUUUUUUUGUAAAAUAAAAUUGGCUUCUAUUUCUAUCUGAUUGAUGCUAUUCUGUAAAUUUAUUUUGCACAUAAUAAUUAUAUAUAAAUGGUUUAUUUAAACAUUUUAUUAUUCUAUUUAAACAUACUUAUAAUACACAUUACAUUGAUAGAAAAAUGCAAGUGAGUCCAGUGAGAAAUUUUAUCGCAGUUCUUGUUUUUAUUUUGAGGAAUAUAAAAUAUUCAUAGUUACUAAUGAUAUUUGAUAAGCAUUUCAAUUAUAUAUUUUUAGUCCAGUUAACUGGCAAAAACUGAAAUCUUGUUCAGCCUCACUUACUGUUAGCAUUAAUUUUAUAUUUUUAUAUGCAUAUUGUUAUUGACGUUCAUUAGUCAUAUUUAGGCUUUUUCCACUAUUAAGGCCAGAAGUGGUGGUCAUUUUAUUAUUUAUUAGGCACCUAAUAAGUAGCCAUCCUUACCUCUGAUGAGGGGACACACAGUUUACAUCCAUACCUUCUCCGGUAUUCGAAACCAGGUCCUUCGGUAUUGCAGCCAGCCUUCCUAACCAUUUAUACUGUCCGGGCAGCCAUCUUCAGAAACUAGAUUUGUUAAUUAAGACAAAAGUACACAAAUUAUAUCAUGUAAGUGAGUAUGUUUUUGUGGAGGAUUUAAGGAAAUCUGGCAGUUAAUUUCUGUUAUGUUUUUGGAAAAAGUGCAAAAUUAUCGUACUGUUGUCAGAAGCUGAACAUCAUCAGUUCCCACUUUUAUGGCUGUAAUCAAUCAAGAGCACACAUCUUCAUGAAUUCGAGCCUAAGUUAGAAAUGACAUGUAUAAUUUUUUUUUUUUUUUUUUUUUUUUACAGAAUGAGUUAAUUUAACAGGGUUUGUAUUGCCUUUAAAAGUACUUAAAAGUCCCUAGUUUUUUUUUUUUUUUUUUUUUUUUUGGAAACGAUUUUUGAAACAUUAACAUUUUGGAAUUAUUUCUUUUGAGAAUGAAGAGGUCAUAAAAUAUUAACCAAAAACAUCCUUUCCCUUUUUGAGAUACGAUUUAUUUUAUUAUGUGUUACUAAAUUUGAUGAUUUCUAGAUCAAUUUAUUAGAAAUCAGUACUUAUUACAAAUUAAUCAAUUACAAAAUUUUUUGUCCAGAUAUAUGUGAAUUUUUUGAUGAUUUUUUUAUAGACGUAAUAAAGUUGUUUAAACAUCAUUAAACUAAAAUACUUCUUUUUUUUACAUUUCAUAUUUUGAAAUGACAUUAUUUUCCAUUUUUCGACUUGAGAAUAUUUUAAUUCUGAAAAAUAAAUAAAAUAACAAAUGCUAUGAAACACAGUUUCUGAAGUAUCUGGUUGUAACGAAAGUUUUCCCACCAAAAAACGUUCUUAAUAAAGUUAGGGGGAAACAUGAAAGCAGUACCUUUACUGUGGGUUGUAAUCACCACCCAAAUCUAUGAAUGUCUGCAAGCUUUUGAUAGUUUUUCAAAGCCUUCAGCAGAGAAACUUGGUGACUGUGAGUCAAAAACAGAUCAACUUCAUUUUGGAUGUUCUGUGUAGAAUGAAAGAUAGCACCAGCAAGAUGUAGCUGCAGGUGUGAAAAAAGGUAAGAAUCCGAAAGAGCGGUGUCAGGGCUAUAUGGUGGGUGUAGCAAAAGAUCCCAGUCAAGUCCGUACAGAGUUCAGCUGGUGAAUGCUGUUUUGUGUCAUGUGGUCUUGCAUUAUCUUGAUCGAACAUUACCUUUUUGCAUCGGAACACAGUUUGAUGUUUUUCCUUGAUAGCAGCGUCAGUGCAGACCAGCAUCUCGCUGAACACCUUACUGUCGAGGAUUUUACCUUUUCCCAGACAUUCUUUGUGGAUAAUACCACGGCAGUCCCAUUAGAUACAAAGCAAGAUCCUUUUUGUUAGUCAAAUUGCACUUUGUGGCACUGCUGGUCUUCUCAUCGGGUACAGACCAACCCCCCUUAUGUCUUGCAUUGUUGAAGUAAAUCCACAUCAUAAUGUGACAAUCAGGUCCAUAAUUUUGUCCUUGUGUUGAUAUUCGAGCAGAUUAGAGCAGGCCGAACACAUCUGUCCUUAUCUGUUUAAGUCAACUGAUGCGGCACGGCACCCAGCAAUUGAACUUCUACACUGCGAAAAAAAAAAAA